AUGGUACUUGAAAGCAUUCAAGGCUGGCUAGCGACCUACUCGCCUGCCAGCGAGCCAGGUCCCGCAAACAAGAAACCCCCGGGAGUACGAUCCAAGAAGCUUCUCAGUAGCGCGACUCCAAAUGGUGUCGCUCCAGGGAUGCAUGAGCACCAUACUCAAAAUGAUGAAGUUGACACGGUGCCAAUUGCGAUAGUUGGGAUGUCAUUUCGCUUCCCACGGGGAUUGGAAUCAGCAGAGUCCUUCUGGGAGGCACUUGCAGAGGGUCGUUCGGCGUGGUCGACCUUUCCCUCGAGUCGCAUCCACUUUGAUGGUGUCUAUGAUCCGGACCAAGAGCGUUUGAACGGGUUCCCACUCAAAGGGGCCCAUUUUGUCGAUGGCGACGUGGCCGCCUUCGAUGCACCCUUCUUCACUAUCGGGCCCGGUGAAGCUGCCGAGAUCGAUCCACAAUCUCGAAUUCUCCUUGAAACUACAUACCACGCAUUGGAAAACGCGGGAAUCCCGAUGGAGCAGGUCGUCAAUUCCAAAACCUCUGUCCAUACCGGUAGUUUCGGCGAUGAUUACAAGGCUUUUUCCACUCGUGAUCCACAAUUUGGCGGUCGGUAUUCAGCCAGCUCUGUUUCUCUCAACAUGAUCGCGAAUCGCAUCAGUUGGUUUUUCAACCUGCGCGGUGAAUCGAUUAACAUGGACACUGCCUGCUCCAGCACGCUCGUUGCCUUCCACACAGCGUGCCAAGGAUUGCGUAAUGGAGAUGCAGACAUGGCAAUAGUAGCCGGUGCAAACCUUUUCCUGAGUCCAGAUAUGGCCAUGUCCCUGAACAAUCAGGGGUUCCUAUCACCGGAAGGUCGAUGCCGGAGUUUUGAUGAGGAUGCAAAUGGGUACGGACGUGGUGAAGGCUUCGGAGCCCUGAUCUUGAAACGCACCGGUGAUGCCGUUGUCGACAACGAUGUUAUUCGUGCGGUUGUUCGUGCCACGGGGACGAACCAGGACGGACGCACGCCCGGAAUCGUGCAGCCCAGUCGACAAGCACAGGCGGAGCUCAUUCGGGAAACAUACCAAAAAGCGAAUUUGGAUAUGCGCUUGACCCGGUAUGUGGAGGCACAUGGAACAGGGACGCCGGUGGGCGAUCCUAUUGAAGCAGGGGCAAUUGCGGAUGCCUUCCAGAGCUGCAUUUCUCCAGCUCGCCCGCUAUAUGUGGGCACAGUCAAAUCUAACAUUGGUCAUUUGGAGGGAACCAGCGGCAUUGCCAGUCUCAUCAAAAGCGUGCUCAUGUUGGAGCAGGGGAUGAUACCAGGCGUUGCAGGCUUAGAGGUUGUCAAUAGGACCAUUACAGAGAGACAACCCGACCUUGUGUUUCCACAAAAGCUCUGUCCAUGGCCGUCGGAUGGUCUGCGCCGGCUGUCUAUCAACUCUUUUGGAUUCGGAGGUACCAAUGCGCAUGUCGUUAUGGAAGAUGCUCGAAAUUACGUGCAACUGUCCGGACCAGCUAAGCGCCAAGCAAAGGAUCAUUUUGAAUUGGGAUAUCCGAACCCCCAGAUUCUUGUCUUAUCUGCGCAAGAUGAAAAAGGCAUCAGCCGUCUGGCAGCCACCUACAAUCAAUACCUCGACGGUUCCCGGCAUCUUAUCAAUGAUACAUACAUUUUGCGCCUAGCAUACACUUUAAGUGAACGUCGAAGUUCGUUGCUCUGGCGAUCAUACGCCAUUUGCGAUUCUCCGGAGCAGUUGGCAAAGGGGAUCAAGCCAUCUCCACCAGUAAGGGCUCUGACAACUUCGCGCCUGGCGCUCUGCUUUACAGGCCAAGGAGCGCAGUGGGCUGGCAUGGGUCGUGAGUUACGGCAAUUCAGAGUCUAUGCGCAGAGCAUUAUCGACUCAUCUGCUGUCGUCAAGGCUUUAGGAUGCUCCUGGAACCUGGAAGAGGAGUUGUUGCGAGAUGAACGGCAAUCCAGAAUCAAUGAACCAGAGUUUAGCCAGACACUGUGCACCGUCGUCCAGAUUGCUCUGGUGGACCUGAUGGAAAGUAUAGAUGUCCACCCCACAGUAGUAGUCGGUCACUCCUCGGGCGAAAUUGCUGCUGCAUAUUGCAUUGGGGCUCUCGACCGAAGGUCCGCAAUUAGCGUCGCCUACUAUCGUGGGCUUCUAUCCUCCCGACUUGCGGAUAGGAACGCCAACGAUGGGGCAAUGGUGUCAGUCAACUUGUCCGAAUCCGACGUUAUACCCUACUUUGAAGCUAUCCAAAAUCGAUAUGGCCACCUGAAUAUCUCCGUCGGCUGUAUCAAUAGUCCAGGGAAUAUCACCAUCUCAGGAGAUGCCGAUCAGAUCAACACCCUCAAGGAGGCUCUCGAUCAGGAAGGUAUCUUUGCGCGCAAGCUUGAGGUUCCUGUUGCCUAUCAUUCCUCACGUAUGCAUUCUAUCGCUCCAGAUUACCUCAAGUCAAUGGGAAGAUUGUCCCCCCGUAAGGGAGUCAUGUCACUUGUUAUGAUCUCUUCAGUGACAGGCGAGGUUGCAACACCCAAGCAGGUGGGGCUCAAGGAGUAUUGGAUGCAAAACAUGGUCUCACCAGUACAGUUUGCCACUGCCUUGACAUAUGCUGCGUCGCUGAGGGUUCAAGAGGGUGGAGAGAUUCUUGGUCAAACCAGUCAUUUGCAGGUUGAGGACGUCUUGGAAAUAGGCCCACAUUCGACCUUGCAAGGACCGAUCAAGGAUACAUUGAAAGCAGCCAGUCAGAAACCAGUUGUUGGGUACAAGUCUGCUCUUGUUCGAAAUUUAAAUGCUAUUCAAAGCGUGUUUGAUGCCCUCGGCUACCUAUACUGCCGCGGACACCAUGUCAAUAUCCACGCACUGAACCAGCCGAACAUGCCUAAGUUCUUGUCACUUACUCCAAUAGCUAAUCUGCCGGAGUAUCCCUUUGAUCACAGUCUCUCCUACUGGCGAGAAUCACGGGUGAGCAUGGGUCAUCGGUUCUGCGAGGCACCACGCAAUGACUUUCUAGGGAUGCGAGUGUCAGACUGGAAUCCACAAGAGGCCAAAUGGAGGAAGAGAAUCAAGCUGUCUGAAGAACCGUGGAUUGGGGACCACCGUAUCGCGCGGAUGAACAUCUUUCCCGGUGCAGCCAUGCUAGUUAUGGCUGUGGAAGCAGCCAAGAGCGUUUCUCGAUCACGGUCCGAUCGAAUAAUUGCGGGGUACACGUUGAGAGAUGCGACCUUCUCUCGGGCCCUGGCUGUCUCAGAAGACCCCGAUGGUACUGAGGUAGAAUUCUAUCUCCGGUCUAUGGGGCUGUCGGCCGAUCGCGAGAGUUCUUGGUCAGAGUUUCGUCUCUACUACAUUGAGAAUGAUACCUGGGUGGAGGCGUGCCAGGGCCGUAUCCAGGUUUCCUACGUUGACGAAGGCGGCAUGGUUGACCAAGGACGGCAAGCUCAGCUGGAAUGGAAGAGACAUAUCACCGAGCUGCGCCGCAUGCGCAGAUCCUGCUUACAGACAGCUGAUAUGGGGCGUAUGUAUAAGUCACUAGCGGAGAAUGGCAUCGAUUUCGGACCUGCCCAUCAGGUCAUCAAAAAAUGCGCGUACAAUGAUGAGAUGGAGUGUUUUGCGGAAAUCGAUCCUCAUCAAUGGCGAGUCAAGGCCCGGAAAUUUAGUCAAACUGGCUUUACCGCCCAUCCAACGUUCUUAGAUGGGUUAUUCCAGAUGGGGCUAGUUGCGAUGACGAAGGGUGGCACCAAUAUAUGUCCCAGUGUGGUUACUAGUAUUCGUCACAUCUGGAUUGCGGAAUGCGAGAGUCGACCCUUCCAGGAUCAAAAUGAUGCAACUCGUGUGAUGGCGUGGAAUAAAUCAUCCUUCCUGGGUCUCGGGAAUACUACUUCUCACGUCGUCGCCUUGGAACCAUCCGGUCAACGAUCUGUGGUGGUAGUUGAUGGUCUUGAGGGCAAGUUUCUAACGGAGAAGCAGCAGAGCGGGAAUUCCCGUCGUCUCUGUUGGAACUUUGACUACCGUCCCGACAUUGAGCUGUUGAGUACGGAAGAACUACUAACCCAAGUAACGACGGGCUUCCCCUUGCAGCCGUCACCUGUGGAAUUUGAUCAUGACGUUAAGCUGCUGCUCUACCUGUGUAUUUUGCGAACUUUGCGGAAGCUAACAGACAAAGAUAAGGACAAACUCGCUCCCCACCAUCAGAGAUACCUGGCGUGGAUGGAGCGUGAAAAGCAGAAGUUGUCCGUAGAUGCCCCUGCUACAAUGGGGAUCGAUUUCAAAGGUGUUUUGAGUGAUGACGUAUUUUAUAUGAAGCUGCUAGAUCGCCUUGAAGGUCUCAAUAGCCGAGGGAAAUUCUUCGCAGUGUUAGCUCGUAACCUCUACGAGAUUCUGACAGGACAGCAAGAUGGGCUGCAAAUCAUGUUUCAGACUUCCCUCGUCAAAGACUACUACCGCGAACUCUACAAGGCCACCAAUGGACUGUUCAAAGCCCUAGCCUUUAUCGAUCUCUACGCCCAUAAGCAUCCAGACAUGAAGAUCCUGGAGAUUGGAGCAGGCACAGGGGGCAUGACACGAUACGUUCUAGACAUAUUGACCCAGAACGGCUCCCGCAAAGCCGGCGCCGGCACCCCAAGAUUUUCCCACUACACAUACACCGAUAUCUCUGCCGGCUUCUUCUCUGACGCGGCAACUAUGUUUGAGAGUUUCCCAAACAAGGUAACCUUUUCUGUCCUAGACAUUGAGAAAGAUCCCGUGAAACAAGGCUUUGAGAAUGCGACUUGUGACAUGAUAGUCGCCGAUAAUGUUUUUCAUGCCACCCAAAAUUUAGGUACGACUUUGCAACAUGCGAGAAGGCUACUUAAGACGGGUGGUAAGCUUGUACUCUUUGAACUCACCGACCCAGAGGUCGUUCGUACCAACUUUGCCUUUGGGUUGCUUCCAGGCUGGUGGCGAUAUCAAGAUGGAUACCGGACAUUCAGCGCCGGUAUUUCUGACGCGGUCUGGGAUGAUAUUCUCAGGAAACAUGGUUUCUCAGGUAUCGACCUCAACCUUCAAGACUACGAAGAUACCAUAUGUCAUGAGCACAGUGCCAUUAUUACAACCGCAGCGGCUGAAGUGAAGAAUCGUCCAGACCUCCCCCCACUGAUCUUGAUCGUGUUGGACUCUGCAUCCACAAUACAACAGGAUGUCGCAAAGAAGCUGGAAGCAAGUCUACAGGCUGCUGGCGUUCCCCAAACCAUCAACCGUUCCCUCGAAGAGGCUGCGCAAAUGCCAAACUUGAGCGACUGGUUCUGCAUCAUGAUUAUUGACCUGGAAGAGUCACCCAUUUUGGCUAAGAUGAAUCCCACCGAGUACCAACAGGUGAAGACCCUGUUGCUGGCGGAUGGAGGAAUGUUAUGGGUAACGCGUGGAGGGGGUGCCAGACCUCAGCGACCUGAGCAUGCUCUGAUUCAAGGCGCAUUUCGAGGACUGCGUAUGGAAGAGCGACAUUCAAAACUCAUAUCCCUCUCAUUGGAAGCUACCGCAGUCGAUGCGCUCCAUACAGCGAAUCGCAUCGGCCAGGUUUUCCAGACUAUUGCUACUCGGCCGGUCAAUGACUGUGAGCAAGAGUACGUGGAACGUGAUGGUCUCCUAUGUGUUGAUCGAUUUAUUGAAGCCGAUUAUCUGAACAAAGGCCUUGGCGAGUUAAUGGCUGUCACCCAGUCGGGUGAGUCUAGAUUUGGCGAAAAUUCCGCAUUAUCACUCAGCAUCGCCUCCCCUGGCCUAUUAGACAGUUUAGAGUUCAUCGAGGACGACAACGCUACCAAGCUGAAGCUCGCUCCGGGUGAGAUUGAGAUUGAGGUUGAAGCUAGCGGCGUCAAUUUCCGAGAUUGUCUUAUCGCACUGGGCAGACUUCCAGGUACUAGCUAUGGCUUCGAAUGCUCCGGUACCGUAUAUCGCAAGGGACCAGAGGUGCAGAACGUGGAGAUUGGAAAUCGAGUCUGUGUCAGUACUGUGGGAACCUAUCAAACGUAUACGAGGUGUCAAGCUAAUGAUGCCAUUCGAAUUCCUGAUUCCAUGUCCUUCGUCGAGGGCGCCGCCCUCCCCGUGGUGUUCACCACUGCCUUCUAUGCUUUGGUUAACGUCGCCAACAUCCAACGAGGAGAGUCAAUUCUAAUUCAUUCUGCGGCCGGAGGCACAGGCCAGGCAGCUAUUCAAGUUUCCCAGCUGCGAGAUGUUGAGAUAUUCGUCACCGUCGGGUCAGAGGAGAAGAAAAUGCUGUUGAUGGAGACUUACCACAUCCCCGAAGAUCAUAUAUUUGAUAGCCGUGACACUUCCUUUGUCAAGGGCAUCCGUGGAUAUACCGGUAAAAAUGGUGGGGUAGAUGUCAUCCUUAAUUCGUUGAGUGGCGAUUUCCUCGUCGAGAGCUGGCAGUGCAUCGCGCCAUUCGGCCGCUUCCUUGAACUGGGUAAGAAAGACAUCCUCUCCAACAACAGUUUGCCGAUGCUGCCCUUCGCGAAGAAUGCAUCAUUCCAUGCUAUCGACCUAAAUGAGGCUCGGAAGUAUCGGCCCUGCCUUUUGCGACAGUUAUGGAAAGACAUUAGCGCCCUGCUAUCCCAAGGGCGGAUUUCCCCUCCUCGGCCAAUUCAUGUGUAUGGAAUCGGUGAAGUUGAACAAGCGUUCCGAUACCUUCAGAGUGGCAAGAACACGGGGAAAACUGUGGUUGAAUUCCGACGUGACGAUCUGAUCAAGACAACUGUGAAAAUCAAGCGUCCCUGGACAUUCGACGCCAACGCCACAUACGUGAUUGCCGGAGGACUGGGUGGCAUUGGUCGUAGCACAGCUAACUGGAUGGCCCAGCGAGGAGCGAAAAACUUGAUUCUACUCUCCCGAUUGGGUGUGUCAAACGAUGAAGCACGGGGGCUGGUGCGCGGUUUGCACAGGCAGGGAGUGAGGGUGGAAGUACCACGCUGCGAUAUCGCAGUUUACGGCUCCCUGAAACAUACGUUGGACGCCCUUCAAAGCCAGAUGCCCCCAAUUAAGGGCUGUAUUCAGUCGGCAAUGGUUCUCCGAAACAAGGUAUUUGGAAACAUGACGUAUCAAGAUUGGGCAGACACCUUCGCCUGCAAAGUCUCCGGAACAUGGAAUCUUCACAAGUUGCUCCCAACCAGUAUGGAUUUCUUCAUCGCCUAUUCGUCAAUUGCUGGAGGAGUCGGGGGGACCGCGUCAGUCAACUACUCGGCCGCUUGCGCCUAUCAGGAUGCCCUGAUGCACUACCGUAAUUUCCUUGGCGAAAAAGCGGCCACGUUCAAUCUCGGCGUCAUGGUAGAUGACGGGGUACUGCGGGACAAUGAUCCAGUGCGGACUGCACUGAUUAGGACAGGUUACCUGCUUGGUAUCACUCAGCGGGAGAUGUUUGCUUUGCUGGAAUAUCACUGUGAUCCGUCCCUGCCAAUCCACAACUCUCCGCUGAGGUCUCAAGUGCUUGUCGGAAUUGACGUUCCCUCUCGUAUCGAGGCUCGCAUGGCGGAAAUCCCCAUUAUUAUGACCCGACCACUCUUUCGAGGAACGUGGAAUAUCACGGACGCAGAUGCGUCUGUGCAAGAAGAUGACGUGGCUGAUAUAGUGAAAGAUCUGGUAGCGGUGCGAUCGACGGAUGAGGCGGCGGCAAUUAUUGCGCAAUCGCUGAUACAGCGGCUCGGCAAGGCAUUGGGGAUACCUCUAGAGAACCUGGAUCUGUCGAAUCCGAUGCACGCGUACGGAAUGGAUUCGUUGGUGGCGGUGGAGUUGCGGAAUUGGUUCAAGUGGAAGCUGAAGGCAGAGGUGGCCGUUUUUGAAAUCUUGGGGAACGCGACUUUUGAGGAUAUUGGGAUGUUGGUGGCCGGUAAGAGUCAGGUGGUGGCCGCGAUGGUGCGUGAAAAUGCAUCCAAGGCAUGA